UUUGGCCAGUACCUAACAAGAGGUACAUGUAAUUGAAAUGUAUUUAGCUCAAUCUUAGAUCUUUCUAACGAAUAUUUCUGAAUUUGUGUUACUAUUCGUUUAUUGUAGUUGUUACUUGUUGAAAUAUCUAUUGAAACAAUUCAUUAUUUACUUAUUUUUCAAUUACUGCUGUGUUCAAACAAUGGCAUCAACAACUAUGAUUGAGACGAUUAGUAUUGUGAGACCACUAAAGGUGAUCGCGCUUAUUUGCGGCCUAUUGGUUGUGAUACUGAUGGUGUUGGGUUUGGCAUCAGCCGAUUGGCUGAUGGCGGCGGGAUGGCGACAGGGAUUGUUCAUGCACUGCAUUGACCCGGAGGCGCCCACGCCGUUGCCUUUCGAUAUAACAGCACAGCCUGGAUGCUAUGCUGCGAGGCCGGCUCCUUAUAUUAAGGCAGCGGCGGGGCUAUGCGUGGCGACGCUGGCGGCGGACGUGUGCGGCGCUCUGCUGACCGGGCUCGGUCUACGCUCCACAGAGAACCGCACCAAGUUCCGUUACUACCGAUUCGCGGUACUAGCCAUGGCGUUAGCAUUAAUGUGCAUAUUAAUAGCACUAGUCAUAUACCCGGUAUGUUUUGCUGCAGAACUAAAUUUAGGUAACAGAUCGGUGUGGGAGUUCGGUUGGGCGUACGGGGUGGGUUGGGGCGCCGCCAUUUUCUUAUUUGGCGCAGUUGUUCUUUUACUGUGCGACAAGGAGAGCGAGGAGCUCUACUUCAAGCAACGGAAAGUGGUUCAGCCGGAGGGCGGCGGGCGCCCCUAGGGCCGCGGGCGCCUGCCCGACCUGGUGCCGUGAGCCGCGCCGCCGUAAGUCCCCCCCCUCGCUACCACCGCGCGCACAUAACGCCCACACACAUCCCCACACACACGCCACACUGUAUACCGUGUAAUAUUAUUACGCGCCAGGACUUCGUGGAGUGAAUGAGUUAACUAUACUGAACAACUUAACUAUUACUAUACAAGCAACACUGAAUAAGGGUAUUUGACGACGUUAAAUAUAUAGUAAAAAUUGUGGCAUCCUUUAAAGUGGUUGCGUAAUAAAAUGAAAUGUAUAAUUUUAGCAUAUUACGCAAAAUAAAAAUCAUAUAUUUUUUUUUGACAAUUUAUCUGUGACGAAAACGCCUUGUAACGGUUUUACAACAUCAAUGAUGUCGCACGCUAGUAAAUAUGGCUUACGAUUUUAGCUUGAUGAGGUUUGUUUAUUUACUUACGUGUGCAGUCAUAAGCGGCGUACGACAGACACUUCGUCUUUCGCGUGGUUCCGCAAAAUUUAUACUUUAACUUAGAUUUUUAUUUUAAAUACAGUAAAUUUUCCCAAAAUAUUAAUGUUAUGUGCUUAUAUGUAAUAAAGCAUAAUUUAAAUCAAUUUUUGAAAAUUAGUCAAAUAAAUACUUAUCCUAUUCAGGAAAAAAUAGUCAGCUGUUUCACACUGUUGGCGAUUGUAAUUAUUACAAUUUUGUAUGUAACAGCCGAUUAUUUUUUCGUGAAUUCUGUAUUGCUGCCAUAGUAAAAGUUAGUCAGUAUACUUAACUCAUAUAUCUCACGAAGUCCUGGCAUAUAAUAAUAUUACAAGUUAUAUAUACACUGAAUAACUACAUACAGAAGGUAAUGUCCGUGCGAGCGAAUGAAACGGAACCGUUUCACUCGCUUGUAUGAACAUCGCUUUCUGUGUAUAGUUAUUAUGUGAUAGUGCUUGCAUCGGUGACGACCUAACAAAAAUACUUGCAUCGCCUAAACGGUAGUAAAUAAUAAAUUAUGAAAUUUGAUGAAAAAUAAAAUUUAAUUAACAAAUUGUAUAACAAAAUUCUGUGCAUUUUGUUCUGUUCUGAACAUCAAGUGAAUUCAAAACACGACCCGCCAUGUGACGUCAUGUUGGCAAAAGCACCUGUCAGAUGGCGUUAUACUUGUCUUAUUUUUAGCAGGUCAUCAGAUGGUACUUUUCUUGUCAGAUUGAUAUCUUUAAUCUAUUUCAUAAUAUACUCUUUGUUUGUUUACAUAUGAACAUAACGAUAUCAAUAUAUGUAGGAUAGUGUUUUGAUAUAUAUCGUGAAAAGCGAAAUAUAAAGAAACAUUGCAAUAAAAAUUAAAUGAAAGCUUUGUAAGGUCGUUAUCUUUGGAGCACUAUAUGAGUGGUGAGGAUGUGGAAACGCAAUCGUCGUGUAGCUUAUAUUGUCUCGCACUGUCAAUCGGACAGCGCCGGCUACGACAAAAGAUCGUAACAGACCAAUAAUAAUAUUGCACGGAUACUUGUUUUGUUAACGGGACGUUCAUAGUACUUCAACUGAUUGAAAAUUAAAUAAUCUGAAAAAUCGUGAAUCUCAUCUAGGUACUCGUGUUAGGCGACUAAUUCGAAUAUGAAAUUGAUGUUUUUGGCCAUGUUCAGUGCGAGUGCUAUGGUUUCUAUUAUUUAUUCGAUAUAAUUUUUUCGAGUGAUUAUUAAAUUAUACAAUGUGUUUCGCGCAAAAGUACAACCUAGUUUAGGUAUCAGUUUACGUAAUAGUGAGUGAGAGUAAGCCCCGUUGAGGCCAUAUUUGGUUAAGUUGUUAGCUUUUAGUUUCUAAGUAGUGUUUAUACCGUGCCGGUGUUUAGAAAGUUCUAGACGAACACACGAUGCUACAUAGUUUAUAUCUCGUGUACACCGGCCAUUACCGCUCGGGAGAAUACAUUCCGUCGUAGUGUAUGUACCUCGAAUGUAAACAGUUCCAAAGAGCGUCGCUUAUAUUUAUUCGCAUUAUAUAAUUAAUUAGGUUUUUUGUUUUGUAUUUUAAUACGUGCGUGGUCGUUGGGUUAGUGCGUGUGAGGGGGGCUGCGGCGGCGGCGGCGGCUCCGGUGCCGGAUCGGUCGGGCGACCGCCGGCCGUGACACGUUAACGUGUCGAGACACACAUGUGUCCGUGUCCAAACCGACUGUGUACACUUACACACAUGUGUCCGUGUUCACAACAUGUGACUAUUUACUGUGUACCGACGCAUAUACUAAUCCUAGAUUUUAUUAAUGUUAACUUAAUGGUAUCGAAAUAACGUUUAGAUUGAAUUUUUCUACAGCAUUAUCUGGCUGGUAUUUUUAGAAAUGACUAGGCCCGGAUUUAGGGGGGACAAGUGGGGGUGUUUGUUCCGGGUGCCAGUGUUAGAGGGCGCCAAAAUCAUUUAUGGAACCUUCAAAAUCCUUAAAUG